GUCUGACUGUCGCUCAGUGUACAUGUCACACUCGGUGAAUUAUCUGCCGCGCGAUUUGUGGAUUAUAAAUUUGUGACAGUGUUUCAGUGUGUGUAAAGUGUAUGUGAUUUUAGUAUUUUGAUUGCGGAAACGAGCUUGUAUCGAGCUAUUGAGUCGUGAAGAUUUAUGGUAUUCGGAGAUACGAAUGAUAACGUAAGCGAAGUGUAAGAAUGAAGAGGACAUAGAAAACAAUGUGUACUACACUUGUUGAAACAAAAACCGAAAGAGUGAAAAAGAAAAGGAUGACCGAAUGAGAGAGCAACAAUGGUGCCAAUAGACAAAAUCUGUGGUGUUGAGGUCACCGUGAAAGUGAAGUGGGAAAGAUAAAGGCUAGGCCUUAUGGAUCAAGUAAACGUGACAGUGAACGCAACAAACAACGCGACAGGCGGCAAAGAUGAAGAAUGGACGGACUCGGUGGCAUUCAAGAUUCGGACCGCCAUACUACUGCUGAUUGUCAUCAUGGCUGUGCUUGGCAACAUGCUGGUCAUCGUCAGUGUUAUGAGACACAGAAAACUGCGCGUAAUCACCAACUAUUUCGUGGUAUCCCUUGCAUUCGCUGAUAUUCUGGUAGCAAUGGUCGUGAUGCCAUUCAACUUCAGCGUGCAAUUCUACAACGAAUGGAUCUUCGGCACUGUAAUUUGCGACCUGUGGAAUUCAUCAGACGUCUACUUCACGUCUACGUCUAUAUUGCAUCUGUGCUGCAUAUCGGUGGAUAGAUAUUACGCAAUCGUGAAACCUUUGAAGUAUCCCAUCAAGAUGACUAAAAAGAUGGCGUUCGUUAUGUUAGCUGCAACAUGGCUGAGUCCUAUAACAAUAUCAUAUGCUCCUAUCUUCAUGGGUUGGUACACCACCAGUGAAUACAUCAGAACAAGAGAGCAAAACCAAUGCGAGUUUAAAGUUAACAAGCCAUAUGCAGUCAUAUCAAGCUCCAUUUCUUUCUGGAUUCCUUGUACUAUCAUGAUAUUCACCUACUUGGCGAUAUUCAAAGAAGCAAACCGCCAAGAAAAAGCUUUACAUGCACGGGCAGGCAAUGCCAUGCUAAUGCAUCGACAUUCAAGAGAAGUUGGUGAUAAGAAUGGUGCACUUCACAUCAAUGCCACCACUCCAACCAAAGAUAGAAAUAUCCUUAAAAUGAAAAGGGAGCAUAAAGCAGCCAGGACCUUGGGCAUCAUCAUGGGAGCUUUUAUUCUAUGCUGGCUGCCUUUCUUCCUAUUUUACUUGUCCACCUCGUUAUGUGAUACUUGUGAAUAUCCAGAAGUUUUGACUGUAAUCAUGUUUUGGACUGGUUACUUCAACUCCGCGUUGAAUCCCAUAAUCUACGCUUAUUUCAAUAGGGAUUUCCGAAAUGCAUUCAAGAAUACCUUAGCUUGUGCGUUCUGUAGUUACUGUCGUCGUAAUUCGAUGGACUCUGAUGCGUUAGAGAGGCUUGACAGGCGUAGUUCGACUCAACAACUAAGAGUGCCAAUCUCCUCAAGAAGACAAUCGGAUCUAGCAUCCCUUUGAGUGUCACCCAAUUUUGAAGUGACUACCGUUUGACGGGCCUAGUGAAUCAACGAAUAUUACUGUACUUAGUGUAAAUUUUAGUGAAAUACAAGUUCCUUUGUUUAAAGAUAAUUUAUUUUGUGGUAGAUAAGUUGUUAGAUGUAAGUAUGCGAGUUUAUUUUAGUGUCUGUAAAUACGUAAUAAAAGUUAGUAAGGGCGAUUGCCAAAUUGAGAUUUGUAUUAUUAGUAAUAUAAAUUUUAUAGCUGUAAUUUAAUUUAGAAAAGAAAAUAAGCAAUAAGUAGCUAAAAUCUAGUUAUCGUAAUAGAUCUAAUUACUGUUGAAAGACUUGAAAUUUUCUGUUAAUUAGGCGAUUGUGUACAGAACGUUCGAGACUAAACUAAUUGAGGAGAUUUAGGCAGAAUUUACUUGCGAUUUUAAUAUGAAUACUUUUAGUUCGUUUAAAAAUACGAAUCAGAAAACUGAUGAGUUUAAAACAUUAAAAAAACUGAAUAUAAAUAUGGAUUUUUAAAUACUUAGACUCAUAAAAAAUUAAAUUCUUAAUCUAAACGAGUUUCAAUCCC